ACAGUCGGGGCGCCAUGGAGCCCGAGACGCGCAGCGUGCAGAUCCAGUUCCCGCAUUACGCGGCGGUCCUGCUGGAGUCGCUCAACAAGCAUCGCCUGGAGGGGAAGUUCUGCGACAUCUCCAUCCACGUCCAGGGGCGCGUCUUCCAGGCCCACAAGAGCGUGCUGGCGGCCUCCUCGCCCUACUUCCACGACAAGCUGCUCCUCAACGACACCAACUGCAUCGUCCUGCCCAGCGUCAUCGAGCCCGACGCCUUCGAGAACCUGCUGCAGCUCAUCUACUCCGGGCGCCUCAAGCUGCUCCUGGAGGCCCUGCCCAGCCACCUGCUGGUGGCCAGUGGCCUGCAGAUGUGGCAGGUGGUGGACCAGUGCUCGGGCAUCCUGAAGGAGCUGGAGGGGGGGCCCUGCCGGCCGUGGCCGGGCCGGGCCAGCGAGAGCCAGUCGCCCAGCAGCAGCAACUACUUCGGGGCCCGCGAGGAGGGGGAGGCGGCGAGCAGCGGGGAAAGGCCCGGGCGCCGCAUGCAGGACGGCUGCCCGGAUGACGAGGUGCUGAAGAUCCGGGUGCCCCACGACGAUGACGACGAGGAGGAGGAGGAGGAAGACGAGGAGGAGGAGCGGCAGGCGCCCAUCUGCAGCGGCUCCACGGACAGCCCGGUGAAGGUCAUCCUGGAUGAAGGGGAGGACGAGGGCUGCUCGAAAGGGCCGGGGGAGGCCGGCUCUGCCCCCCACGAGCCCCCCAAGAUCUUCUACAUCAAGCAGGAGCGCUUCGACGUGGAGGAGGCGACCCCUUCGGUGCUGGCCGGUGGCCCGGGCUUCUCCGAGACCGGCUUCUUCAAGUCCCUGGGGCGGCCGCUGGGCAUGCCCGAGGUGCCGGGGCUGUGCCAGGCGGAGAUCCAGGAGACGGGCGAGGUGAGCUACAUCCUCCCCAGCGGGGCCUUCUCCUCCGCGGCGACGCCCGGCUUCUCUGGGAAGGGCCAGCCCCUCUCCUCGGACUCCUCCUCCUCGGCGGCGCCCUUCCCGGAGAGCUCCUGGAAGCCAGUCGACCUCCAUGGGAACGAGAUCAUCGCCCACGCCGUCCACGGGCAGGUGGUGCACGCCCCCGUCAAGCUGAUGUCAGCCCCCGACGGGAAGAAGUUCGGCUGCCUGUGCGGGAAGCGCUUCGCGGUGAAGCCCAAGCGGGACCGGCACAUCAUGCUCACCUUCAGCCUGCGCCCCUUCGGCUGCUCCGUCUGCAACAAGAAGUUCAAGCUGAAGCACCACCUGACGGAGCACAUGAAGACCCACGACGGCAACCUGUACGCCUGCGAGGACUGCGGCCGCAAGUUCCGCGUGCAGAGCUGCUUCCUGAAGCACAAGGAGCUCUGCAAGGGGCAGGGCUGGGCCACCGCCUGCUGGACCUACAAGUAGGGAGGGGAGGGAGCGGGGCGGCCGCCGUCUCCUCGCCCUGUGGCCGGGGAGGGGGGAGAGGGACGGAGAGGCCCUCCUGCCUCUCCGCCGUUGCUCGGC